CACUCCAUAUUUUCCACUCAACAAUUCCUUUCAUUCUAUAACACAUCCCACUAAUUCCUUCAAGUUCACUUGUGUUUUAACAAUGUCAUCACUUGAUGAAUAUUCCACUAUAGAUGUAAUCCGUCAACACCUUCUUAUUGAUGAUCUAUCCUUCCUUGAAACACACUCUAGUUUUUUCCACAAUGAUUGCAAUAACACCCUCGAAUCCGGAUUCAUUUUCGACGAAAUUUCACCGAGUAAUUCGUCUUUUUAUUCUUCGUCUUCGCCUCAAUCGUCAUCGUCUUCCCAUGUUUUUGAACAUGUUAGCAACCAUGUUUAUGAUGAACAGGUUGAAUUUAACAUGGUAUCAGAGCCAGUGGUUUGUUCGUAUCCUUGGAAACAGAACGGGAACGGAUGUGGUGGUAGUUUUAACGAGCGAAAGCCAUCGUUAAACAUAUCCGUUCCCGUUCCCGUUCCCGUUCCGGUUCUGGUUUCUCCACUGGUGGAGAAACCAGUGGCGGAGAACGUUGAGGGUUGUGAAAGGAGACGUUAUAGAGGGGUUAGGUUGCGUCCGUGGGGAAAGUUCGCGGCUGAGAUUCGUGACCCGAACAAGAAAGGAAGUAGGGUUUGGCUUGGGACGUUCGACACCGCCAUCGAGGCGGCUAAGGCUUACGACCGCGCAGCAUUCAAGCUGCGCGGUAGUAAAGCUAUUUUAAAUUUCCCACUAGAAAUUGGAAAUUUAAAUGCGGCCGCAGAUAUGCCAAUGGUAAAAAGUAACUCUCGUAAAAGAAAUGUUAGAGAAGCUGACGUGGAGGAGAGAGAAGCUAAAAAAGAAACAAAGAUGGAAACGGAAACAAAGGGAUUUAACGGUGGUGAGAUGACGGAAGCUCCGGUUGUGCCAUUAACUCCUUCGUGUUGGACGGCAGUUUGGGAUUGUGGUGACAUUGACGGUAACGGUAACGGAAUGGAUAUAUUCGAUGUGCCUCCGUUAUCACCUUAUCCAACUGUUGGCUUUUCGUCGGGUUGUAUGGCUAUCUAAAGAUGAAUAGACGGCGUUUACCAAAAAAGGAAUGUCAAACGGCGACCAAUAACGUUAGUCAUGUACCGUUAGUAUUUUCCACAUCCCCAUUUUAUGUUAAAAAACACAAAAAAUAAGAUGGUGAGGUGUUUAGUGUAGGUAUAGAACAGAGAAGCAGUUUGGUUGUAUUCGUGCUAUUUUUUUAUUUUUUUUUGUUUCGAGAAAAAUAUAAGUAUCUUAUUUAAUAAGAUUAAAUGUUUAAAUAUUUA